AAGCGAGGCAGGCGGGGCUCGAGUUGCUGUGCGAGAGGGAGGAGGUGACGGCCGCGGGGGCUAGGUGCGAGGCGGAGCGCGCGACGGCUGACUGGAGGAGCGGAUGUAAGUCUGAAUACAACAGAAAAUGUCCACUGAACGAACUUCUUGGGCAAGUUUGUCCACUAUUCAGAAAAUAGCACUGGGCCUCGGGAUCCCAGCCAGUGCAACGGUUGCCUAUAUCCUAUACCGCAGAUACAGGGAAAGUAGAGAGGAGCGGUUGACGUUUGUUGGGGAGGACGACAUUGAGAUAGAGAUGCGAGUUCCCCAGGAAGCUGUGAAGCUCAUCAUUGGCCGGCAAGGAGCCAAUAUUAAACAGCUGCGGAAACAGACAGGUGCUCGGAUUGAUGUGGACACAGAGGAUGUAGGCGAUGAACGGGUGCUGCUUAUCAGUGGGUUUCCUGUUCAGGUGUGCAAGGCAAAAGCAGCCAUCCACCAGAUCCUGACAGAGAAUACCCCCGUGUCUGAGCAGCUCUCAGUUCCCCAGAGAUCCGUGGGCAGGAUCAUAGGGAGAGGUGGGGAGACUAUUCGUUCAAUCUGUAAGGCCUCUGGAGCCAAAAUUACCUGUGACAAAGAAUCAGAGGGGACAUUGCUACUAUCAAGGCUUAUAAAAAUCUCAGGAACGCAGAAGGAAGUGGCAGCAGCUAAGCAUUUGAUACUGGAGAAAGUUUCAGAAGAUGAAGAACUUCGGAAGAGAAUUGCACAUUCUGCAGAAACCAGAGUCCCACGCAAGCAGCCAAUCAGUGUGAGAAGAGAGGAAGUGGCAGAGUCUGGUGGAGCUGGCGAGCCAGCUUUGUGGAAAAACGCUGGUACUGGCGCAGUGCCAGAGCCAGCAACCCUACCAGGAUCUCCUCCCCGAAAAGGAGGUGGUGAUGUGGCUGUUGUAGGGCCAGAAAGUGCUUGGGAGAAACCUAAUGGUGACAGCUUUCAGAAAUCUGGAGCCCAGACCAGUCCAGAGAUGUCCAUGUUUGAAAUCCCCAGUCCUGACUUCAGUUUCCAUGCCGAUGAGUUCCUGGAAGUCUAUGUCUCUGCCUCUGAACAUCCCAACCACUUCUGGAUCCAAAUCAUCGGCUCCCGCAGCCUGCAGCUAGAUAAGCUUGUCAGUGAGAUGACCCAGCACUAUGAGAAUAGUCUACCUGAAGAUUUGACUGUGCAUGUGGGAGACAUUGUAGCAGCACCUUUACCUACAAAUGGUUCCUGGUAUCGAGCUCGAGUCCUUGGCACCUUGGAGAAUGGGAAUCUGGACCUUUACUUUGUUGACUUUGGAGAUAAUGGAGAUUGCCCACUGAAGGACCUCCGGGCACUCAGGAGUGACUUCCUGAGCCUCCCAUUUCAAGCAAUAGAGUGUAGUCUGGCACGGAUUGCCCCCUCAGGUGAACAGUGGGAAGAGGAAGCUUUGGAUGAGUUUGACAGACUAACUCACUGUGCUGACUGGAAGCCCCUGGUGGCCAAGAUCUCCAGCUAUGUCCAGACUGGGAUCUCAACUUGGCCCAAGAUUUACUUGUAUGAUACUAGCAAUGGGAAGAAACUCGAUAUUGGGUUAGAAUUAGUUCGUAAAGGAUACGCAGUUGAGCUUCCAGAAGACGUGGAAGGAAGAAGAGCUGUCCCAGACAUGUUGCACAAUGUGGCCACAGAAACAGAUGUGUCUCUCGACAGCAUGCUCACUGGGACCAAGAAGAGCCCUGGAGAGAUAGCAAAUACCCUGUCCUGCCUCAGCUUAUCAGAAGCUGCCUCCAUGUCUGGUGACGAUAACCUGGAUGAUGACUACUUACUGUGAAGUUGGCUUCAGCCACCUUAGCUGCCUGCUUUGCCGUGUUUGGCACAGGAUUUGGUACGUGGAAAGGAGCCUAUGAUAAAGAGAUCUGUGCAGUCCUUCCUCUGUUACAUACACGAUCUGGCUUGCUGCGGACUGAAUGCCUUCUCUCCUUCUGUCGGACUACCAGAAAGAGUGCAGGGUAGAGGGAGACAAGUACAUGUCCCCACUUCACCUGCCUAACCCCGUAUUCUUCCAGAGUUUGCUUCCAGGUUGCUCAACAUCUGGCUCACUGUUUUCUGCCAGGCAUUGAUCUAUGCUUCUGCAAGGCUGUGUCCUUUUUGGGGCUGGGAAGCAGCCAGGGUUUGGUCACUGGAAGUGAUGAUUCUGCAGACUUCUGACUCACCUCAUCAGGUGACUUUAGUUAAAGGUUUUUGAGUGGUGAACUCAAAGACUGCAGUUGAGUCAGGAGGCAGUUUCAGAAAUCAGCAGAAUUAUUAUUUAAAAAGCCUCAGGAAAGGGGAAGAGAACACUGCCUCCCAGCCUUAACUGCUGAUAUGUUAUUAGAGAUAGGUUUUUCCCUGUAAACUUUGGUUAAAAUACAAGUAGACAAGGAGAGAGCGGCUCAGGAAAUGUUCUGAAGUGCUAGUGUAGUAUCUGUGUGUAUACACACAUUCAUAGAGUGAAAGAGAACUUACAUAGCUGUUUGAAUCAUUUGGGGGAUUCUUUGCUGAAUAAAGUUCUCACAAAAUUAUCUAAAACUAAAUGUUGGUUGAAUCAGAUGGAAGCAGGCCUGUGGGUAUCUUCUGAACCUAAACCUGGUAGAAUUUGUCACGUGCCUCACAAGGAUGGCCCAUUUUUUAAACAAAUGCCCUUCCCAUAUACAGAUCCUGUCCUUUCCCUAAAGUUACUUCAGAAUUAACCAUUCACUAAGAACCAGACCAAUUUAGGCUCAGAUGGUAUAAAUAAGAACCGCAAGGGUGUCUGCGGCUUUUAAGUCUUGCCAAUCAGGUGGGUUCCUUAUUCUUUCAACACAACCUGUACUUUUCUUGCUGUGUGGAAUGUCCUCUCCUAUGCUUACUUCUUGAAUUUGUCUGUUGAAAUCCUCCCCUUGAGUCACAGCUGUGGGAUCCAGGUAACUUCUUGGAUUUCCUCCACAACCAAAGAGAACGAAUUAAUAUUUCUCUAAUUUGAACUGAAAUAUAUGGAUAAAAAUCUCC